AUGUAUGGAGGCUAUGGAGGCGGCAUGUACGGCCGUUCCAUGUACGGCGGCUACGGGGGCAUGGGCAGCAUGUAUGGUGGCUACGGGGGCAUGUACGGCGGGGGGAUGUAUGGAGGAAUGAUGGGCGGCAUGGGCAUGGGCAUGGGAAGCAGCUAUGCAGAGAGCAUGUUUCACAUGACCCAAAUGCUGGAGAUGAACAGCAUCAUGCUCGAACAGCUUCAGGAGCAUGUGACAACGACUUUCUACCGGCUUCGAGAUGUUGGCGAGUGGAUCUGGGCCUUGAAGAGCACUGCGACCAAGUCGAAAGAGUUGCCGGCACCCGACCCCUCGAAGCCGAAAUCUACAGCAACGCCAUCCGAGGCCGCAGACGCUCCUGAGACGCCUUUGACCCCAUUCGCCUCAAGGGAGGACAAGGACAAGGAGAUCGACAGGAUAAAACGCAGGUUUAAGGCUCUGCUGGUCCUUUUCGGCUUCUUCCUGUUCUUGGUCUUCCGCGACAACAGGCGGCAACAAAGGCGGCUGCUGCAGCAAAGGAGCUGGUCGCAGAGUGCCGAUGGAGCCAUGAAUGCAGCUGCGACUGUCGCCACGGCUUUGCCGAUUGCUUUCGGCUGA